AUGGAUCUAAAAAGUGGACUGUGCCUCCAAGUUGGAGAGUCCGUUUCCUCUCCUCCCCUCUGCACUCGUCACCCUUCUGCGUCGGCGCGUCUGUCUUCGAGAGCAAAUUCCUUCUCUGCCGAAGGCGCAAGCGGCGAGGCGGCAAUCCCCUGCUCGCCAGAGGACGGUCGCGUCGAGAGAGUGCGAGCACACAGACGAGGAGGAGACAAGGAACCAGAGAAAAUGGCUGGCGCGCGAAGCGAGAAGACACGCAGGGGCCUGUGGAGCUUGUGUCGCCUUUUAAAGCAGGAAAGAGGAGUUGGGAAGAAGAGAAAGAAGAGGAAGAAGAGAGAGAAGAGAAACGGAGAUGACGGUGGCUCGCGCAGCAGCGGAGGAGACCGAGAAGAUACGGCAGGGAAAGGAGUCCGGCGACUACACACAGAGGAAGAUCUGGGCGAGAAGCGAAGGAAGGGGGGAGGGCAAACGUCGAGCGGUAGAUGCGAGAAGACGAAACAGAGGCAAGAGAACCUUGGAGAAGAGACGGGGAACGGGAAGGACACAGAGCGCGAGCAAGUCGGAGACACCGCCCUCGCUGCGGCGGUCAGGAGAACCGGAAGGUCCUGAAGUGCAGCGACGGCCGAGAGGAGCCGAAAGGCAAAGAAGACAAAAGAGAGACCAGACAGGCGAGGAGAUUUCGCGGAAACGAAGAAAGACGUGGAGCGAAGAACGCCUUCCUCCUUGUUGCGGAGCGCCGAGCCGCCGGCUCUGUCAGUCUUUUUGGUUGUUCGGACGCCUCAUCAGCAGCCAGGACAUUAGGUAGCGAAUAUCCGAGAGGAAGAUAGAAGAGAAAGUGGAGGCCGCGAGACAUCGAGGACACAAGGAAGCAACGCAGAACGCCGCAGGCGACAACCACCGGGAGGACUUUUCUU